AUGACUCCCACACCCCCUUCUACUACCUCUUCAAGCGCCGGAGCUCACUCUCCAGAAGAGCAAUACCGGGUGGUAAGAAAGAGAAAUAGAGUUCCUCUGUCAUGUGGGCCUUGCCGGCACAGAAAGUUGAAAUGUAAUAGGUCGCAUCCAUGUGAGAAUUGUACGAGGAGAGGUGACGCCUCCUCGUGCUCAUAUGCUGCACCAGGAACACGAAAGAAGAAUCAAAGUCAAGGCUCAACCAGUCCUGAUGAUAUGCAAAAUCGUAUUGACCGUUUAGAAGGUUUAGUCUUAUCACUGAUGACAAAUGGUGCUUCAUCUGCAGGUCCAGCCGCUGCCGCCGCCGCCAUUAACCGUUCUCAGAGCGAUAGUGCGGGUUCAUCCUUUCCACCCGAUUUAGACCAAGACGACGAUGAUAUGAUUAAAGAAGAGGGCGAUGGGGAUAGUGAUGUGGAUGGUGUUGCUGACUCACUAGGUAUUAUGAAAGUUGAUGCCGAUAAAGGAAAAACAACAUAUAUAGGAGAAUCACAUUGGCAUUUAGUCUUAAAAGAUAUCGCAGAAGUCAAAACCUAUUUCAAUAAUCAUAAAAAGGAACUCGAAAAUAACUACGAAAAAAUUAGAUCUCAGAAGUCGUCUGCCAGUGAUGGUCCGGCCUUUCUAUUCGGUGCCCAUACACCGGCUACAGAUGAAGACCUUCGAAUGGCAGUUCCUACAAAACCGGAAGUUGAUAAACUCGUUACCAGAUAUUUUAACACAUACGACCCAGCUAUACAUAUCAUACACUCCCCGACUUUCCACAAGGAACUGCAAACCCAUUGGCAAGAUCCCACAAAAACCUCGAUAGUAUGGCUAGGCCUAUUAUAUUCAAUCCUCUGUUUAGCCAUGCAGUCAUACCAAAGAAUUGGGGAUGAACCACCGGAAUGGAAAGGUUGUACUCUCGACAAAGCUGGUGAUUUUAGGCAACGCACGGUCCAGUGUCUUGUCAAUUCCGAUUAUACAAAGUCAUCAUUCUACACGAUUGAAACGCUAAUCUUAUACGUACACGGCGAGUAUGCGAGCCGUUGGGAUGCUGAAGUGGGACUUUGGCUCAUAAUCGGCAUGAUAACUCGACUAUCAAUGCGCAUGGGCUAUCAUCGGGAUCCAAGCAACUUUCCUGGUAUCACCGUCUUCCAUGGGGAGAUGCGUCGUCGACUAUGGGGGUUUGUGCGCGCCAUGGAUACAAUGUUCUCCUUUCAAUUGGCACUCCCAAGUAUGAUACGUGAUAGCGACUGUGAUACAAAACUUCCUCGCAACAUAUUUGAGGAUGAGUUUGGUCCAGAUUCGAAAACAUUACCACCCGCUAGACCGAAUACUGAGCCUACCCCUGUUUCUUACAUGCUCGCCAAGAUCAGCAUAGCCAAUGAAUUCAAUUGCAUACUGGAGGAACUACAAAGUGUCAAUCCUAAGAGCAUUACAUAUGAUGACAUCCUUGCCCGCGAUAAUAAAUUAUGGGAAUUAAAACGCAAUCUUGCUCCCCAUCUUCAACUCAGGCCCUUGGAAGAAUGUAUGCAUGAUCCUGCGACGCUCUUGAUGCAUAGGUUCAAUGUAGAUAUUCAAUGGCAGAAGACGAUGUGUGUUUUACAUCGCAAAUAUCUUGCACGAGCGAGACAAAAUUCUCGCUACGAUCAUUCUCGUCGAGCCUGUGUCAAUGCUGCGAUGGAAAUCCUUCGACAUCAACACAAACUUCAUCUUGAAUCUAAGCCCGGAGGACGAUUGCGAUCAAUGAGAUGGGCGAUCUCAUCUCUAACCAAACACGAUUAUCUACUGGCCGGCAUGAUAGUAUGCUUGGAUCUACAUUAUGAAACUAUUUGUCCGUCGGACAAACAUUUCUGGACAACAGAACAGCUUGCCAAUAUGCUCAAGGCAGUUGAAACUUCCCAAAGUAUUUGGAGUGAAACCGUGGAAGAAUCGAUGGAGUCAUUUAAAGCAUCUAAAACUCUAAAUAUUAUUCUCGAGAAAUUGAAAGCUUCUAGGGACCCGGCCGCCAAUACUUCUGCCACACCUAUGAAUACAGCCGACGCUUUCUCUCAAUUCGAUGAUGAGAACCUCAGGCCUGAACAAUCUGCAGCUAUGACUCUCGGUAUGCUUUCUGGUGGUUUGUCGCCAAAUUCGGCAGCGAUGCUCAAUAGCAUGGGCCAAUCUUCAGGAUACACAAACAUGGAUUUGAAUAUGGGUGAAUCAGGUGGAAACGGUCUCACCCCUUACACACUCGACAACAAUUUGAACCCUUUUGCCACUUUGAACGCUGGUGCAUCUCCCUUCUCCAUGUUUGGCAAUACUGGUAAUGCUCCUGGAAUGAUGGAUCUACCAGCAAAUCUCGACUGGGAACAAUGGGAUCAUUACAUAGGAAAUUCAAAUACAAUCGAUCCCGCAUUUCAGUUCUAUCCAACCAAUUUGGAACCUUCACCACCUGGUGGGGAUCAAGAACAAGGACAACAAAAUGACCCGUUGAAUCCAUCUGGUGGUCCUUUCAUGGGCGCAAAUACUCCUGGUAGAUGA